AUGACGCGCGAACGUAAGAUCCCGCUUUGGGACAAGGUCCCUGAUGGCGUCCAAGUUCUCGAUCUCGAAAACGAACCCGACAACUACGACUUUACCAAUUUUGAACAAGAAGAAGUCAAGGUUAAGGUCGAGCCUGCACCUGAAGCCAGCACAGCCCCAGAUUUGGGCAACAGUAUUCUCCAACGAAAGCAGAAUGCAUCACCUCAGCAACCCACAGACAUGGAAGCUCUCAAUGCCCAGCAACAAGCCCUCUUCGCGCAGUUUGCCGCCAGUUACGAGAAUCACGACGACGAACAAGUUCCUUCGGACCACGAAGAGGAAUUCCAGGAUCCCAUCCAACAAGAACUCGAAUACAUGCAGGCCAAAGAUGCGUACGAGGCAAAGCAGCGAAGCGGAGAGCUCACGCAAGAGGACGAAUACGAAUUCAUGAAGAAGGAGUCUGCUUACACCAAACGCAAGCGUGAAUUCGAUGCUCUCCUGAGCGACGAUGAGGACCCUUUGUUUGAGCCUCCCAACAAGCGGCCAAAGAAGAAGUCCAGAGCUAAGGCGUCUACCGCUUCCAGAUCGGCACUUCCCAACCUUGGGGCUCAUAACGAGUUCUGGGAGAAUGCUGACGCCGCGGAACAUAUGAACACGGAACCCGACUACGAGGAAAUCGCGGUCGGAGGUGGAGGUCGCGCCGCUGCCAUAAAGGGUCUUGGCGGUCGUGUUGGCAGACGUGCUGCUCGUCUGGACAUGAAGCGCUUCAAACAAGCGACCAGAUCAUUUACCGGCAAGAAAGGACAUACCCUGAAUGCCAGAAGUAUCUUGCCAGUCACAGGCGGAUGGAAGGUCAAAGGUAUGACCACACCCCUCAAGAAUUACCAGGUGAUCAACUCCGCCUGGAUGAGGACUCGCGAGAUGGGUGCAAAUGAGCCUAGAGGAGGUAUCAUUGCCGAUCAAAUGGGAUUGGGCAAAACCGUGACUUGCAUCGCCAACAUCGUCAACGGAAGACCCCUAAAGGGCUUUCCCAGUCAUUUACGACCAAAGUCUCACACUACUCUUAUUGUUGUGCCAACCAACCUGGUCAACCAGUGGAGAACAGAACUCAGACGCCACACCAUCAGAGAGUUGAGACGUGAGACAUGGGGGCUCGGCAUGGUCAAAGUAUUCAGGGACAGUCAGUCCGCAGAGCUCGAUCCUGCUGAGUUCAAAAGACAUGAUGUUAUUCUGACCACAUACCAUGACGUGAGGGUCAGCUGGCCAGACUGCCACUUUCCUGAAGGUCUCUCUGAGGCUGAAAGAGAAGCUUACUUCAUGGAGAACUUUUACAACAAGAGAGGACCCCUUCACAGGCAUAAUUUUCUCAGAAUUGUGCUUGAUGAAGGCCAUCAAAUCGCCAACCCUGACACUCAAACUGCUAAAGCUUGUUUCAACCUAGUCGCUGAUCACAAGUGGAUUUUGACAGGCACCNCCGUAAGUCAUAUCUGGAAUCACAGUUCACACACAAAAGCUGACCACAUGUUUAGGAUGAUAAACGGGAGUAAGGACCUUUACAGCUUGCUGCACUUUAUCGGCCAUCCGACAGUCCAGAGAACGAAGUUUGAAUCGUUUAAAUCUCGCUUCUGCAACAUGAAGAACCCCUCGAGCUUGGAUUCACUUAGCCAAGAAAUGGUUGAGAGCGUUGCCUGCUUUACUCACAAAGACAAAUUGUUCGAUGCCAGGCUCAUUACGCUUCCGAAGCCACACAACAGAUCCCUUACACUAAAUCCUACAAAGCUCGAACUCGAAAUCUACAACGUUGUUCGCGCCCGGUUCAAGCAGAGAGCACAAAUCCUCAACGAACAAGGAGAGCUGAGAACAAACAAGUUCCAUUUGUGGGCGAUGUACACUCUAUUGCGCCAGAUGACAGCCCACCCUUUGCUAGUUCCUGCCAAAGUUUCUGAUUACCUGGAACUGGAGGAUUUCGAAAAGCUCGAAAAGGCGGUUGAGCGACAAAUCGCCUCUGGUGAGACUGCAGUCAGCACGAUCCACGCCUUCCGAUCCACCAUGAAAGCACGUCGUACACGCACUGAGAUCCGAGUCGCUAACGGUGUUACGCUUGAUGCAAGCGAAACGUCACCCAUUGACGACUACGACGAGGGGAUCGAUGAGGUCGAAGAGCUGAGAGCGCCCGAAGUCAUCAAGAAAAACAAGAAUACAAAAGGCACUGGUGGCAAACACGGCAAAAAGUUGCCCUUGCAGGCUNACGUCGAAGCGAUCAAACGCAGCACGAACUUCCACAUCCUUGGCGAUCGCGCAAGAUGUUGCAAAUGCAACCGCCCUGCUACCAAUCCUGUGAUGGCACCAUGUUACCACAUCUAUUGCUAUCUCCACUUGGACGAUAUGAUGCACGAAACUGCUGCCACCAGUGGUGAUGGUCCAAUGCGCACCAUGUGCAUCAAACCAGACUGCGGCAAAGAGAUCAAGAAGACCUCAGUUGUCGACCCGGAAGCCGCGUCAAAAGCCAAGUGGCUUGAUGGCGGCGGUAACGUGCUUCCUUCUACCAAAACCCUCGCCGUCAAGUCUCAAAUCCUCAAUUGGCUGGACCCAAAGAGUGGUGGUGAUGCUGAUGCGAAGUGCAUCAUUUUCUGUCAGUGGAAGACUUUCUUAAACAUGCUGAGUACCAUUUGCGAGUCCGAGAACUGGGAGUACGUAACUCUCCAUGGCACUUUGAGCAAGAGUGCUCGGGAAGAGAAUAUCGACAAGUUCAAGAAUGAGCGUAAGAUCAAGAUCUUGAUCGCUACACUCAAGACCGGCGGGCAAGGCCUGAAUCUCACCUGCGCUAGAUACGUUCUGAACGUUGAUCCAUACUGGAACAGCGCUGCGGAAAUCCAAGCAUUUUCUAGAGUUUACCGCAUUGGACAGGAAUAUGAGACCGAAUUCGUCAACCUCACACUCGCUGGCACCAUUGAUGAGCACCUGAACCAAAUUAAGGAGCGCAAGNAAAAGGAAAUUGAUCAGGUCAACGCUGGUCACAAGAAAUUGAGCAUGAAGGACUUGCUCAAGACGUUUGAGCCUCCGGAGGAGGACAACAGCGAAGAAGUUAACUCAGAAUAA